AUUACUAAGUAGGAAGUUUGUGCAGUUCCAGAGAUGUUUUUACUUGCAAAAACAUGUGAAUAGUAUUCAUUUUAAAGUUUAUUGUGUUAUGCAGCCACGAUGAAGCGUGUUGGAUAUUGGAUGAGUGAGAAAAAGAGCAAAAAGCUCAAUUUUGAAGAACAUGUGGAUAUGUUCAGGAAUGCAGGUGUAGAGCUGUUGAAGAUUGACAUUGAGAAACCACUGGAAGAACAGGGACCAUUUGAUAUGAUACUACACAAGUUCACAGAUAUCCUGGUGAAAGCUCAACAUGGUUAUAUCACAGAACAGAGAAUCAUGAGAAAUAUAGAGGACUAUAUAGACAGUCAUCCAGAGUGUAUUGUGGUAGAUCCCCUGGAUGGAAUACGAAAACUUCUAGAUAGACAUGAACAAUAUAAUCUUGUACUUGAUUGCAAUACUGUAAAUACUGAGUCAUACAUGUUCAUCCCAACAUUUGUGGAUCUCACAAGUAAAGAUGUUGAUGAAAACAGGAAGAAACUGCUGGAUGCUAACGUUCAGUACCCCUUUGUAUGCAAGCCUAUUGUGGCUCAUGGGACACAAGAUUGUCAUAAAAUGGCUGUGAUAUUUAGUGAAGAAGGGUUGAAGGACAUUACACCACCUUGCGUAGCUCAGACUUUUGUCAACCAUAAUGCAACACUGUACAAAAUAUUCAAGAUCGGCAGCAAACAAUAUAUAGGUCAUCGCCCAUCACUGAAAAAUCUUUACGCUGGUGACCACCCUACCAUAUUUUUUGACACACAUGAAGUAUGUAAAAGCGAUUCCUCCCAUCACUUGACCAAGCUUGACUAUGAGGAUCAGGACUGCUCCCCGCUCAAACCCAAUCUGGCACAACUGAACGCGGUCAGUGAGACCCUGCGCCAGAAGCUCGGACUUGAUCUGUUUGGUGUGGAUGUGAUUAUAGAGAGUGAUACACAGAGAUAUGCUGUAAUUGACAUCAAUGUCUUUCCAAGCUAUGAUGAAGUAGACAACUUCUUUUGUGAUUUGUUGGACCAUCUUCUGUUCUUGUUGAACAAGCAACAAGACAAACAUUCCAUCAUCUCCCAGACAACCACUCCCCAGCAUGCCUUACUCAAACAGACUGGUCGCUCAAGUUCCCUUGAUUCUUGCUCAGAACGCAUAGCCACUAAACGGCUAAAGACUGUGGACCAGUCUAAAGAAAGAGAAUGUGACUGUGAUAGUGUGACUUUCCCCAGGGCUGUGUGUAGGUUUGACUCUAACUGUUGCAGGCAUAAACAGGAAGUGAUGUCGCAGCAGGUUCGCAGAAAUCAAAGAAAUUCUGCUGGGAAGACGUCUGCAAGUCGUAUUUUAGAUGAUAUGUAAUUGUUAAGUUUUUAAAUUGUUAAAGCAGGGAAAAAUAGCAUGUUGAAAUUUGUACAGAUAUUUAUAAUACUGAGCAAUUAUUUAAAAAAAAAAACCUGCUUUGUUAAAUUGUUUUGGUUACAGGACUUCAGACAUGUAUGGGAUAGGCCUACAUUGUUAUAAUUUUAGUGACCGUUUUAAUUUUCUAUUGUCGAAACAGUUCAGCAUUAAUAUUAAGAUCAAUGAUCUUAAACAAUUUACUAAAAAUCUUUUUAUCUCUUUCAGUCCAAUCUUACUGUUAUUGUAGCUUUAAUUGUUGGCAUUAACUUUUAACUAGUCAAUUAACUAGACUAUAGAGUUUUACAUUCUGCUUAAAAAUGAAAGCUCCUGCUAGAUAUUUUACAAGAAAUGAAAAACUUGUUUGCCAAAAUUAUUGACGGGGUCAUACUUAACAAUAUAAUGAAGUCACUUAACUGCUGAAUUGCAUGAAAUAUAUUUUUGUACUUAUAUCUGUUGUUAAACUCUGUAUAUAUGUACAUUGAUCUUUUUAUUUCUUGUGUAUAUAUAUAUGUUGGUGUACUGAAAACUGUGAUUUUUAGCUCGAAAAUUCAAAGAAUAGGUAAAGUUAUUGUACUCAUCUACUAAGUUGAUGUCUACUUCUGCAUCCUGAUUUGGUUAACCUUUGCCUGCUGGCGGCAAGUUAUUCUGCCUUUGCGACCAGUGCAGACCAAGAUCAGCCUGCACAUCCGUGCACAAUUCAGUCAGUAAAUUUUCACUAAACACCCCUUCAAAUAAUAAAUGGUACUGCCCAAAUUGAAUGAUGGACCAGUCCAUUUUAGAAAUUUAGCAGGCUAAAGGUUAAAUGUUUGUAUGUAAGCUGUUAUCUCUGUAAUUAUGGGUGGAAAUGGAUUAAAAUUUCACACAAAUGUUUACUGUGAUGAACUGCCAUUCGCUACACAGGUUUCAGAACUCUUUUUGGCUUCUUCACAAAGUUAUGCCCCUUUUUUUCGACUUUUUGUAUUAAUAAGUUUCACUUUCUUAGGUAAAUGGCUUUUGAACAGUCUGGCAUUGCUGUCCUUUGACAGCUCUCAUUUUAGUACCUUGUGCUAAUUGUUGGAACAUGGGGCGUGCUAACUUUACUUCCAUCUGUUACUAAAAGUGUGUCUAUGCAUUAAGUGUUUUAUAUAUAUUCAGAUCAGGCGAACAAUUAUCAUGUAGUAGAAUGAUAAAUAGUUAGUGACUAAAAAAUGCUUUUCCAGGCAGAAAAUAUGCAGUAGAUCUGGUAACGGUGUUUUAAUGUCAUUAUUUGUUAAUUUUCAACAUAAACAGUUUAAGAACAUUAUUUUACAGAAUUUAUGCUUGAAAAAAAAAAAACAUCUGAAUUUUCCAUAGUUAAUGACAUGUACGUAUUUCUUCACCUACUACCAUUCCAUUAAUGUUGUAUUUUGUUUUAAUUGAUUCUUUAAUAAUAAUCAAUGUCCCAUGUGAAUUCUUGUAUCUCUGUUUUUCUUCUUAAAGGUUUAUGAAAGGAUUAAGUAAUCAAAAUUGUGAUUAAUUGGUUCAUUGAUUUCAGUCUCUUUUGUACCAGAUGAAAAGUGAAAUUUUACUCUUUCCAUUGUGGGUGAAUUCCAAAGUUUUCGAACUUACAUUGAGAGACUUCAGAUGGCAGUAUUGAAAGCCAUUAAAGCAAUUGGCGUGUUUUAUGUUAAAUGGAUAUACAUUAAAUGAAUAAAGGUAGGGAUUUCCCCAGAGGUUGACUGUAAUCAUAUUACAAGACAGAUUGAUUUACACAGAGGUUAUUGACAAUAAAGUCCCUCCUUCCUUCUAUUCAGACAGUAAUAGCAUUCCUGCAACUUUUACAGCAAAUUGCAAACUGAACAUAGCCAAACUCAACAGGUGAAUCUAGCAGGUGAAUUUGUAGUAGAUACAGCUUCUUCAAACACACUAACAAAAUACACCACACAAUAUCUUCAUUGACUUUUUGGACAUGCUAUUUAGAACAAUUCAUAAAACUUUCUCUUUAAUAUUUUAGUUAGACUCUAGAAUAUAUAGAAGUUAGAAAGACAAUUUUAUUUGAUGUAUACAUAAAGUGCAAAAGGGAAUCACUUUAUUUUGAUAAUGCACCAAUGAGCCAGAAUUACUAAUACCACAUCAACUUGUAAUUUUAGCAUGUAUUCUUAGAGACUAAACUCAGUGUAUCAUAUUGUUAGUGAGAAAGAAUGGAUCAAUGCAAUUUUUGUCUGGAUUACAUGGUAAUGGUAUGUAUCAAUAAAUAUAUUUACGCAAAUGUUAUAAAGACAGUUUUAUUUGAUAGAAAUUUUUACCCUUGAACUAGAAUUAUUGAUACCACAGCAAGUGAACUUUUGAGAAUGUUUUUUUAAGUUGGUGGCAUUGGACUGAAUUCAAUGUUUAUUGUCCCCAACCUUUUCUGAAGAAAAGAAUUGGCUCAUAGAAAAUAGCUGUUAGCAUUUUUGUCAAUAACUCUGCCAUCCAUUAAGAGAUUUUGAUAUUUCUUGGCAGUAAUAUUCUCCAUAUCAAGAUAUAUGUUUUGCAUAUGAACAAAGCCUCUAGUUCUAAGUUCAAGGUCACGCUUAGAUGUCAAAAGUUUGUCAGAAUUGUUACCAAAAGGUCAAGAUCACAUUUGGAAGUUAAUGAUUUACAGUGCCUGCUUUAUGAGCAGUCCAUAACUCUGCCAUCCAUGAAAACAUUUUGAUAUUAUUCGGCAGAAUAUUCACUAGACCCAAACUCACAGCUCCAAUGUCAAGGUCAUACUUGGUGGUCAAAGUUGUAAAGGGUCUAAUCCAUGUCCUGACCAUACCUUCAGCCACCGAGGAAGUUUUACUUUACUAAGCGUAAAUUUUCCCAAAGCAGUGUGUCAUGGUUACAACCAAGGCACAUUGCUCCAAGAUUUAGGUCAUACAUUCAUUUCCAACUCUGCCAUUCAUCAGUGGCUCUAAUAUAACCUGUAACAGGUGGUUUUUCAGAUGUCAAACAGUGUGCACAAGACCAUGGCCCAAAGCUCCCAAGUUUUCAAUUUGGAAGAUCAUAAUUGAGCUGUGCCAUGAGAAAAUCAACAUAGUGGCUUUGCGACCAGCAUUGAUCCAGACCAGCCUGCGCAUCCGCGCAGUCUGGUCAGGAUCCAUGCUGUUCGCUUUCAAAGUCUAUUGCCAUUAGAGAAACUGUUAGCGAACAGCAUGGAUCUUGACCAGACUGCGCGGAUGCGUAGGCUGGUCUGAUCCAUGCUGGUCGCAAACCCACUGUGUUGGUUUUCUCAUGGCGUGGCUCAAUUAUAGUACGAGCAAAAUAUCCUUAGGCAGGGGACAUUGCUAAAGUAAACUUAGGCAAGGGAUAUUCGUAACUAUGCUACAGUUCUGGUGUAUUUAUUGAUAAAUGCAAAACUUAGUUUGAAUGGCAUGAUAUUGUUGUAUAAUUGAAGAUGAAUUAAAAUGGCAUAUUUAUUAUCUGCAAAUUUGACACGAGCAGUCAUAGAAACACAUAUUUUUAUGCAGGAGUAAUGGUUCUAAACUGAAGGCCUAUGCAUGAGAUCUCAUUAUUUUUGUAGAACCAGCAUAAUGGUGUUACUAUAAUGCUUUUAAGUGAUAAUUUUUCUUAACUUAGAUUGGUUUAAAACAUGUCAGAUUAAAGUAAGUAUAUUGUUAAAUGUCGAUAAAACUUAUGAACUGUAUGCUUGUGACAGAGGAGUAAGGUACUUAACAGAAGAUAUUUAUUCUCUGUAUACUUUUGCAGGUAAAUAGGUUUUGAUACACAAGACCUUAAACCUUGAGGACGAUUAUCAGUAAAAGCUUAGAGGUCUGUUUAGCAAGAGUUUUGUUUAGUUUCGUUACAUUCUUGCAUUUUUCGGGUAUACAGUACAUCAUUGAUCACUCAAGGUUGUUUUGGCGCCAUAUAACCUAUACUGUGUUGGUGUGCCGUAAAACCCAAAUAGAUAAGUACACUCAAGGUUGCUAAGAAAUUAGCAAAAUACUCGAGGUAUCCAGGGUUUUGAGUGAUCCAAAUAUAGAAAAAAUAUAAAGAAAAUGGGAAGGGAGACAUGAAUUGCUGUGAGGUGGGAUGCUAGAGCCAGGCAUUCUUGAGUGAGCAGGGUUUCACUGUGUCUAUACAGAUCGUUAUCUGUCUGAAACAAGACAAGUAUAUCAAACAUAAGAAAAAUCUUUUGAUUACUUAAAUAAGUUUUGUUUGAAGCUUUGUCACAAACUAUUACUUUUUCAUACUUACUUCCUUCAGAUAAUAAGUUUGUAGUCUAUAAACUUCAGUUGUCGGGUUACAUUAACAGUUUAAAGUUGUCGUUUCUAAAGCCAUUUAAUACCAUACACAUCUCGGAAUCAGUCAUUUAUCUCAAAUAGAAAGCAAUACCUGUCCUGAUGUCUGUCUUAGCAAUAAUCUAUAAUACCCAUACCUCUAAUUUUUGUUUUUUAAUGGACUGCUGUCCUUGAAAUUAUGCUAUCUUUUGUGGUAUUUGUAAUAUCUUAAUUCCAGUUACAACAGUUUCAAGUGCAACUUACUUACUUACUGUUAAUAUGAAUCGAGGUAUUUUUUAUCAGCUUCCAGAAAAAAGUAGUUUUAUUUGAAUACAUUUGUUAGAUAGCUGAAUGCAUUUUAAGUAAUGGCAAGGGCAGUAUAGUGUUACCACUGUAUGUUUGUUUGUUUGUUUUGGGUUUAACAAGUUUUCAACAGUAUUGCAGUCAUGUAACAGUAACAUCAACAGUCCUCGUAGAUUCUGUACCAGUACUAACCUGUUCUCCACAAGUAACUCAGUAUGUUUGUGUGCUGGAUUGUGUCCAGCCAAUUAUUUUGUCAUGCAUGGUAAGAUUGGAAAAAGACAAAUGACCGCCACAACAAAGUGAUGUGCCACGUGAAAGACCAUGCCAUGAACUCGAAGUACAAGACAUAAGUACAUAACAAGACAAUGUGUUUCAUGCAAGAGAUAUGACGCCAUUUCAAAGGUCAAGGUCAUGAUUGUCUACUUAAUAUGGUGCAUUUUUCUUUAUAAACUAUACUGAUUACAGUUGUUCCUGUCUAGUCGAGAAUUUUGUAGUGCAUGGUGGGAGAUAAAAACAAGUUGGUACAAAUGGUCACCAUAACACAGUGAUGUGUUUGGCACAAGAACUGUGUUUAAAGUACAAAGGUGAAGGUCAAAGAGCAGGACUAAACACAUCAGUUCAUACAUAAGGCAUAACUUUGUCUUGCAUGGUGAGUUCUAGAAAUAAUUUGUAAUCAUAACCAGCAUAAUACACUAUAUGCAAGAAAUAAACUUCUGUGUCUUUACAUCAUAAAAUAGGAGCAUUCUUCUCUGAUGGACACAUUUCUAGUUUGUUACUAUUUGAAUUAAAAAAUGUUUAUUGAUAUAAUUCUGUGUUUUUACUUUUUAUAGUAACCAAGUGUGGUACCUUGUUUUGGUUAUUGACUUUUAUAUUCGUUGAAAUCCAUUGAUAAUUGUUGAGUGUUUUUAUAAGAGGGGGGUAAAUGAUGCGAGGAUAAAGUACAUUCCAGACAGAACAUUACAAAAUUUAUGUAAAGAGUUUUUUUGCUGUGACUUUAACUGUCUGAUGUUGUUCAUUUGAUAUAUGCAAAAAACAGAGGAUGGAGCAGUUCAUUUUACAUUGCAGAAGCAAGAGGUGCGACUUAAGCUAUAAAUAGAUACAGGCUAUAAAUAGCCACAGGUUGCUGUUACUCAGCUAUAAAUAGAAACAGGUUGCUGUUACAAAGCUAUAAAUAGCCACAGGUUGCUGUUACACAGCUAUAAAUAGAACAGGUUGCUGUUACUCAGCUAUAAAUAGCCACAGGUUGCUGUUACUCCGCUAUAAACAGCGACACAGCUAUAAAAAGUCAUUUGAAUAUUUCUGUUUUACAUGCAUUAAUAGCCAUAUAUGUAAUGUGUCACAACUGUAUAAAUACAUAAAGUUGUUGUAGCUUAUGUGCAUUGCCUCUGACCAGUGUUUGCUGAAAAGAAGAAAAGGACUUGAACAGUCAGUCUUGAAGUACUUGUCAGAGUCAUUGUACUUCAUAUUCGCUUUUAAACUGCCUGAAUGUUAUCUGCUAAUUGUUGACUAUUUGCCAGUCACACUGCAGGAAUGGUACUGUAAUAACCCUGACAGCAGCUCACACUGCAUGUAUGGUACUGUAAUAUCCCUGAGAAUGCUCAUGUUCCUAUGUGUCAAUAUUUGAACUUGCAAGAACAAAUGUGGCUUUUUGUGUUUUGAUAACAGUGAGUUACUGCAUACAUGGAGAACAAUAUGUCUUGAGUAAGCAAUACAGCAUCAAAUUAUUACAUGAAAGAUCAUCUACCUCAUGCAUAUUUUGUAAUACAGAGAAAUUUUUUAUAUCAUUUUGAUGAGAGCAUUGUGUUUUGAAAGUCAUGUUUUCUAACUCCUUGCUUACUGUCAACAGAGGACAAUGUGUAUUUUUGCAAAACUGAAUGAUGAAAUUUUUUAACCCAAGAUUAUUUGUCACUACAAUAUAAGGUACUGGCUGCAUGCUUUAAAGCUUCUGGUUUAAACAAAUUAACUUUUUAUUUCAGACACACAAAACUUCUUUUCUGGGCUUUUACAAUAGUGCUCGAAAAAUAGUUUUCAUUGUACUUGAAAAAUUUUGAAAUUAUAAAAUAUGCAAGUUCCUUCUCAAAGGACAAUCUUAGCCAAACUAUAAAGAACCAGUUGUCUCAUUCCGAUUUUUCAUGCUUGCUGAAAAUUUCUAGAAUUAUUUAGGUAUUUGUUCCAACAUAAUAUAUAGACUUGUACACAGAGAGUGAUAACUUGUUGUCACUUUGAAUGAUGAAUUUGAACUUUUGACAUCAAAAUGUGAUAUGCAUGUGGGAUAAGAAACAACAUCAUGUCCAUGGGCAUUGUAUAUACCUGGUUUAUCAUUUGGUAGCGCAUUUACACUGUGUGAUGGUAACUGUAACUUUGAAAUGUGAUACUGAUUAACUCGGGAGACACAAAUUUGUUUCAGUUUUGGUUUUUACGAAGACUUUAGUAAAAUGAGUUAUAUGGGCGUUUUCAGGAAACUGCCAAUAGUGUAUAUCUAGCUAGCAUAGACUUCAUUUACCAGUGAUGUAUCUUGUCACUAAUGACUUAUCAAUUCCUAAACUGAUCAUUUUAUUAUAAACCAGCAGUAAUUUUUUUGUUUCCUGAACUUGUUAUGUUUGACAGUUAAACAGAAGCAGUGUAUAUCAGCACAUCAUAAAAUGCACUUUUUAACCAACAAUAUUUUAUAUUAUGAAAUCUUUUUGACCUCUGAUAAAUUUGUCUUUCCUUUCUCUCUUGUAAAAUUUAAAAAAAAUGUAGGAUAGCAGUUAAUAUUCCUUUUAAACAGGUAGGAACACAUUCUUAACUCUUUAUACAGAAACUUUACAGAGUCAGGAUUUGUACAUUAUAUAGAUUUUGAUAAAAGGUCUUUGAUAUAUAUGUACUUUUUACUUUUUUUAUCAUUGGGCAGCUAGCUGUAUGAAUUAUCACCUAAAUAUAUUGUGUCCAAAGGGAGAGCAAGUUCAAAGUUAUUUAAAAUGAUUAUGUAAGAAUUGAACAUCUAUAAAGAAUAUUAUUUUUAGCUUGACUAUUUAGUGAGCAGUUAGAGGUAUUGCACUCUUCCCUUUGUGUUUGCGUCGUAUUUGGUUAAGUUUUUGUAGUAGGCUGUAACCACUUGUGGGAAUGGACUGAAACUUUAUACACGUUAACUAUGAUGAUAUGACUUGUGCUGUACUGAUUCUGUAACUCUGUUUGCCUAACAAUAAAGUUAUGCCACAUUUUUCAACAACAUUUUUAGGUGUUUAUUUAUAAGCUGGUAUCUCAGUAACUGUUAGAAUGGAUUGAAAAUUCAUAAACUUGUUCACUGUGAUGAUCUGAAAUAGAAAACAGUCCCAUAACUUUGUUUCACUUUUAUCAAAAAAGUUAUGCAGCUUUUUAGACUUAGAAAUUUCUGUAUCUCAUUUAGCAUCAUAGGAUUGAAAGUUUAUUCCAUUGUAUUAAUUCAGUGAACUUUUUGUGACAAGGCUUUUGAAUAGUUGAGUGUUUGUUCUCGGACAGCUCUUGUUUCAGCACAUGCACAAUCAUGCAUUUGAAAAUUUAGAGUGCUUCCAUAUUUUACUAGAUUUUUUUAACAUUGCAGAGUUAAAUGUAGAGACCACUUCAUUUAGACAACACAAUGGGGCUUUGGACUUUAGAGCUUUUUCUAUAUUUAAUUGUUUUUUUUUUUAUUUCUUUUUCUCGAUUUUUUUUUGGAUUCUUUCUUUUUUAUACUUUGGUGUAUAUGUUUGGUUUUAAACUAUGUAUGUAUAUGAUUAAAUAUAGGUUUUUAUUUGUAUACUUUUUAUUUUGAUAAAUACUGUAGUCUUAUUGUUAAGUCUGGAAUGAUAUAGGCUUUGAUGAAUAAAGAAAUAUCUCUGU